GAGAAAUCAGCAGAUGGCAAGUCACUCGUAAACCCGCAAACCGGUACGAAAUCUUCCGCAUAUACCUCUUUCCCUAAACCGCUCGACAACAGCCGCCGCGGUGGCUUCGAUGUGCAUAUAUACUAUAUGCAAAACAAUGCUGGACAAACCAACUUUGCCAGAGAGCUCCAUGAACGGAUUCAUCGGGAGUUUCCUGAACUACGCAUAUAUCCGCUCUGGGACAAGUAUUAUAACAAUAAGCCUGUUAGCCCCCAUCCAGUCGUCAUGUUUGAAGUAAAUAUACUUAGUCCUACUGAGCUUGGUGCUUUUGUUCCGUGGUUGGUGAUCAAUAGGGGCCUAUUGAGUGUGUUAAUUCAUCCA